AUGUGUCGUUUUGUUUACAACUGUAAACAUCAAAACAAGAAAAAGGAUGAACUUACUGUAUCUGAGUUAAAUGAAGCAGAGAAUAUCUUGAUUCGUUUAAUACAAAAUGAAUCCUUUAAUGGAAUAGAAGAUGAACGGAUUUUAAGUCUUAAUCCAUUCAUCAUCAGAACUAAAACAGCGAUAUUUCAAAGAGAAGAUACAUCUGAGUUCAGAACUCCUGCUAUUUUGCCAAGUGAUCAUCCUCUUAUAAGAAGUUUAAUAAUGGAAGAACAUAAGUUGAAAGGACAUGUUGGAGUUUCUCACGUCCUAAAUUCCUUAAGAGAAAGAUUUUGGAUAUUAGCGGGAAGAAGAGUUGUGUCAUCCGUUUUGAAAACUUGUAUAACCUGUAAGCGUUAUUCAAACAAAAAUGUUAACCCACCAGCGCCACCACUUCCUAGAGAUCGGGUACAGGAUGCCUCAGUGUUUCAAAUAACCGGCAUAGAUUAUGCUGGACCUAUAUUUCUAAGAGACUACAAGAAGGCAUGGAUUUGCCUAUUCACUUGCGCAGUGUACCGUUGUGUUCAUUUGGAACUGGUUACAUCCUUAACGACAGAUACAUUUCUACAAGCGUUUCAUCGUUUUUCUGCUAGACGUGGGAAGCCAUCCAUAAUUUAUACUGAUAAUGGAACAAAUUUUGUUGGAGCAUGCAAUGCACUUGCUUCAAUCGAUUUCAAUGAAAUUGAAAAAAAGGAGCUAAUGAACGUAUUAUUUGGAAGUUCAUUCCCCCCAGGCGCUCCAUGGUGGGGUGGCUGGUGGGAACGCCUCAUAGGAAUGAUGAAAAGAAUAUUAAGAAAAGUUCUUGGGAGAGCCUGCCUUAGUUAUGAGGAAAUGUGUACCGUUUUGUGUAACUGUGAAGCUAUCCUAAAUGAUAGACCUUUAACAGUUGUAUCGGCUGAUUCAAGUCUCACUUCCAUAACACCUGGAAAUUUUUUACGAGAAAUACAAAACUAUUCAGUGCCAAUUGUGAAACAUGACUUCAAUUCUAGCUUUUAUAAACGUAGAUUGCGUUAUAUCCAAAAUGUUAACCAGGUUUUCAAGAAAAGAUUUCGCCAGGAAUAUCUGGGAACUUUGAAAACAACAAGCAAAAAAUUCGCUAGAAGUUGUAAAUUAAAAGAAGGAGACAUUGUCUUAAUUGGAAGCGAUGACAAAAGGAGAUUAAAUUGGCCUCUUGGUAAAAUCAUACAAUUAUUUCCAGGUACCGACGGUGAAAGUCGACGAGCCAGAAUUAAAGUGCAAAAUGGAGAAGUCAUAAGAGCUGUACAAAAUCUUUAUCCUUUGGAAUUAUCGACUGCCGAGGAACUUCCAUCGAAAUUCAGCGGAAGUCAACGAUGCGAAAAUAUUUCGGUAGAGCAAACUCCAAUUGAUGAUGUACCUGUAGAAACAAAUAGAAUAAUCCAUACCCAUUUAAAAUCGCCCACGAUAACCAAAUCAGGAAGGACAAUUAGAGUUCCUCAUCGAUUGGACUUGUGA